AUGUCUCGAGAAGCGACUUUGAUAAGUAUACCAAAAGAACACUUGCCUGCAAUUAUUCGCAGGUUUUUAGUUGAACCUGGUGACAACAUUAUAAAAACGCAACCACUACUUAGAUAUGAAUAUACCAAAAAAAUAAAAAAGCAAAAGAUCGAUCCAAAGACAAAAGACGUUUUUGUAGACGAACCCUUUGUCGAAGAUUUAAGGAGUCCGGCCGAAGGAGAGCUCGAUGGUUUUUAUGUUCGCGAGGGUGAUAUGAUAUCUUUGGAAGAUAAAAAGCCAGUUGUUGGGGUGAAAGAACCGUGUUUUCAUUCGGUUCAGCUUCAUGGUUUAUGUGCGAUAUGCGGUAAUGAUAUGAUGAAAACGGAUUUUACUGGAGUUGAUUACUCCCAGAGAGCCACUAUUAGCAUGGCACAUAAUGUUGCUGGACUGACCGUAAGUCUUAGUGAGGCUGAGAGAUUGGAAAAGGAGACAUCAACGAGGCUUUUGAAAUCGCGAAAACUAUCACUCAUUGUCGAUUUAGAUCAAACGUUAAUUCAUGCAACCGUCGAACAGAAAGUGGAGGAAUGGAUGAGCGACGAGAGUAAUGCUGCAGCCAAGGACAUUCACAAGUUUGUUCUACCGGAUAGUCCUACGGUAUAUUACAUCAAGUUACGGUAA